AUGGCGCAUGUAGCCGGUUUGCUCGCCUCGGCUGUUGUCUCAGCGGUGGGCAAUAAACUGGGUUCUGCCAUUGGGGAUGAGGUCACGAUGCUGUGGAACUUCAAGGACGACCUCAAGGACUUGAAGGACACAUUGCAGUACAUGGAGGUGGCGCUCAAGGAUGCUGAGAGGCGGUCUGUCUCGGAGGAGUUGGUGCGGCUGUGGCUCAACCAGCUCAAGAACGCUGCCUACGACAUCUCUUACAUGCUCGAUGAGUUCCAAGCUAACAGUGAACCAGCCUCCAGAAAGAUGAUUGGGAAGUUGGACUGUUUUGCUAUUGCACCCAAUAUUACCAUGGCUUAUAAGAUGAAGAAGAUGAGAGGUCAACUGAGGAAGAUCAAAGAGGACCACGAGAGUUUCAAAUUCACACAUGAUAACUCCAGCCUAAUUAGUGUGCACCAGUUUCCUGAUCCACGGGAAACAACAUCAUAUGUGAUCGAAUCACUCAUCAUAGGGAGAGAAAAAGACAGGAUGAAUGUUCUUUCUUUGUUAUCCACAAGCAGCAACAAAGAAGAUAUCACAAUUCUUCCUAUCUGCGGGCUUGGAGGCAUAGGAAAGACAACAUUGGCACAACUGGUCUUCAAUGAUGCUCAGUUCAAAGAGUAUGAUCAUCGGGUAUGGGUCUAUGUAUCCCAAGUGUUUGACAUGAAAAAAAUAGGGAACUCCAUAAUUUCUCAAGUAGAAAAGGGAAGCCAGAAUCUAGAUACAAGGCAGUUAAUAAUUCAACAUCUUAAACAUUUACUUCAAGAUAAGAAGACACUAAUUGUUUUAGAUGACCUAUGGGAGACAGAUUCCUCCCAACUGAAUCAACUCAAGCUUAUGUUGAAUGGAAGCUCCAAGAUGAGGGUCUUAGUCACAACACGCAGCAUAGACAUUGCAAGAAAAAUUUGUACUGUUGAACCAUACAUGUUAGAUCUCUUGGACAAUGACAUGUGCUGGAGAAUAAUCAAGCAAAAUAGUGGCUCUGAAUCUAGAGCUGAUAAAGCGCAAGUUGAACCAAUUGGACAGGCGAUUGCAAAGAAAUGUGGAGGUUUGCCAUUAGCAGCUCAAGCACUUGGAUUCUUGCUAUCUGGAAUGAAUCUUAGUGACUGGGAAGCAAUGUGCAAUAGUGAUAUUUGGGAUGAACCAUUUUCUGAUAGUACAGUGUUACCGUCCUUGAAGUUAAGUUACAAUACUCUUACACCAUAUCUGAGGUUAUGCUUUGCCUAUUGUGGUAUCUUCCAUAAAGGUCACAAUAUAAGUAAAGAUGACCUUAUCUAUCAAUGGAUCGCUCUUGGUUUCAUCGAGCCAUCUAAUACCUUUUCAGCCAUACAACUUGGCGAGAAGUAUGUUAGGCAAUUCCUGGGGAUGUCUUUCCUUCAGCAUUCAAAACUGCCCAAGUCAUUUGCAAAAACAAUCUUCACCAUGCACGAUCUGGUGCAUGAUCUUGCAAGAUCGGUCAUUGCUGAAGAGUUGGCUGUCUUUGAUGCUGAAAUAGCGAGCAAUGCUAGAACAAAAGAAUACUGCCGCUAUGCAUCUCUUACAAAUUGCAAUAUUUCAGAUUACAUCAAGGCAAGGAAGAUGUCAACUAUUUUCCCACCUAAGUUAAGGGCGAUGCAUUUUUCGGAUUGUGAAUUCCAUGGUGGUGCAUUUUCAUUUCCGAAGUGCUUGCAUGUCUUGGAUCUAUCUGGAUGCUCCAUCAAAGAGUUUCCAAGCGCUCUAGGGCAACUGAAGCAAUUGGAGUUUCUUAUUGCUCCGGAGCUGCAAGAUCGACAGUUUCCACAGAGUAUAACUCGGCUCUCAAGAUUACAUUACCUGAACCUCAAUGGAUCACGUGAAAUUUCAGAAAUACCAAGCUCGCUUGGCAAACUUGGGAGUCUAGCACAUCUUGACUUAUCUAAUUGUACCAGUAUCAAAGUCAUACCAGAGACUCUUGGAAGCCUCAGAAACCUUCAGACACUGGACCUCAAAGGGUGUGAAAAACUAAAGUGCCUUCCAGAGAACCUUGGAAGCCUCAAAAACCUUCAAACACUCAACCUCUCUGGCUGCGAUAGACUAAAGUCCCUUCCAGAGAGCCUUGGAAGCCUUGAAAACCUUAAAAAACUAGACCUCUCAGGGUGCUAUAGACUAGGGUCCUCUAGACGAGAUCCCCUUCCAGAGAGUCUUGGAAACCUCAAAAACCUUCAAACUCUGGACCUUUCAGCAUGUUAUUCCCUAAGGUCCCUACCAAAGAGCCUUGGAAGCCUAAAAAACCUUCAAAAACUGAACCUCGCAAGGUGUGAAAGACUAGAGUCCAUUCCAGAGAGCCUUGGAAGCCUAAAAAACCUUCAAACGCUCAACAUCUUUCAUUGCCAGAAACUGGAGUCCCUUCCAGAGAGCCUUGGAAGCCUCAAAAACCUUCAAACACUAGACCUCUCACGUUGCUAUGAACUAAAAUCCCUUCCGGAGAGCCUUGGAGGCCUCAAAAACCUUCAAACACUCAACCUCUUUCGGUGCGCGGAACUAGAGUACCUUCCAGAGAGCGUUGGAAGCCUCGAAGACCUUCAAACACUCGACCUCUCAAACUGCUGGAAACUAGGGUCCCUUCCAGAGAACCUUGAAAGCCUCAAAAACCUUCAAACACUCAACCUCUCAUCCUGCUAUAAACUUAAGUCCCUUCCGGAGAGCCUUGAAAACCUGACUAUAAUCCUGAGAGAUCGUAGAUGA